UUCUCUUUCUCUCCCCGCCCAAAUCCCUAUCUCCUCUUCUUCACUCUCUUCGUUAAACCCUACACAUUGUACACUCUCUCAACACCAACAAGCCUCUCCAGAGAGAGAGAGAGAGAGAGUGAGGAGAGAGAGCCAUGAACCCAUCAACUCUCUUCCCAUCACCUUCCUCUUCACACCCCACCGUCCUCUUCUCUCCUUUCACCAACCCCACCUCUCUCCGACUCACUCGCAAUCACCACAAAUUUCGAUUCCGAUACCGAAUCUCCACUGUCCGAUGCUCUUCACCUGACUCCCCAUCCCAACCAACCUCCAAUUCCAUCACCUCCGAUGUCUUCGGCGGCAAGAAGGACCUCACUGGGCUCCAAUCCCUCGUCGACGCCAUGUCGCCGCCGCUCAGGCUCGUCAGCUCGGCUCUCAUCGUCUCCGGCGCCGUCGCUGCUGGAUAUGGAUUAGGGUUUCGUUUUGGUGGGUCCCGGAACGCUGGACUGGGCGGCGCCGUCGCUCUCGGCGCUGCUGGAGCCGGAGCCGCUUAUGCUCUGAAUUCUUGCGUUCCAGAGCUUGCGGCGGUGAAUUUGCACAAUUAUGUGGCUGGUUCUGAUGAUCCAGUUGCAUUGAAGAAGGAAGAUAUUGAAGGAAUUGCAAACAAGUAUGGCGUUAGCAAACAAAAUGAGGCAUUUAAUGCAGAACUUUGUGAUUUGUAUUGCCGGUUUGUAUCUGCUGUGCUUCCUCCUGGAAGUGAAGAUCUGAAAGGCAAUGAAGUUGAAACCAUUAUCAAAUUUAAAAAUGCAUUGGGCAUUGAUGAUCCAGAUGCUGCUGCCAUGCAUGUGGAGAUUGGUAGGCGGAUUUUCAGGCAGAGGCUUGAAACUGGCGACCGUGAUGAUGACAUAGAGCAACGUCGGGCAUUUCAGAAGCUAAUUUAUGUUUCAACUCUUGUGUUUGGAGAAGCAUCAACUUUCCUUUUACCUUGGAAGCGUGUUUUUAAGGUCACUGAUGCUCAGGUUGAGGUUGCUAUUCGUGACAAUGCCCAGCGACUGUAUGCCUUCAAGCUGAAACCAAUUGGCAGAGAUGUUGAUGUGAAACAGCUUGUUAGCCUGAGAGAAGCCCAACUUCUUUAUCGACUUUCUGAUGAGCUUGCAGAAGACAUGUUUAGAGUGCAUACAAGAAAACUUGUCGAGGAAAACAUAUCAACUGCGCUCAGUAUGCUGAAGUCUAGGGCAAGAACAGUGGUAUCCAGCAGGACAGCUUCACAUGUCAUUGAAGAGCUUAAUAAGAUGCUGGCAUUCAAUAAUUUACUGAUCUCAUUGGGGAAGCAUCCUGAUGCCAGUCGCUUUGCUUGUGGGGUCGGGCCAGUGAAUUUAAUAGGUGGUGAGUAUGAUGGUGAUAGACAGAUGGAUGACUUGAAGCUCCUAUUUAGAGCAUAUGUUACAGAUGCACUAUCAAGUGGUCGCAUGGAAGAGAAUAAGCUUGCUGCAUUGAACCAAUUGAGGAAUAUAUUUGGUUUAGGUAAACGGGAGGCAGAAUCCAUUAUGCUGGAUGUUACUUCAAAAAUAUAUCGUAAACGACUUGCUCAGUCUGUAUCAAGCGGUGAUUUAGAAGCUGCUCAGAGUAAAGCAGAAUUCCUUCAAAACCUCUGCGAGGAGUUGCACUUUGAUCCACAGAAAGCUAUUGGGAUCCAUGAAGAAAUUUACCGGCAAAAGCUUCAGCAAGCUGUUGCUGAUGGAGAGCUCAGCAAGGAAGAUGUUAGAUCUCUGGAGCGGUUGCAGAUCAUGCUUUGUAUUCCUCGCGAAACUGUUGAAGCAGUUCAUGAAGAUAUCUGUGGCAGCUUGUUUGAAAAGGUUGUGAAGGAUGCAAUUGCUGCAGGAGUUGAUGGAUAUGAUCCCGAAGUAAAAGAAUCUGUGAGAAAGGCUGCCCAUGGUUUACGCUUAACCAGGGAGGUUGCCAUGUCUAUUGCUAGUAAGGCUGUCCGAAAAAUUUUCAUGACGUACGUACAACGAUCACGUGCAGCUGGGAGCCGUAUCGAGUCUGCAAAAGAACUUAAAAGGAUGAUUGCUUUCAACUCCUUGGUCGUGACUGAACUAGUCGCAGACAUAAAAGGAGAAUCAUCUGAAACUACCUCGAAAGAGGCCAUUAAGGAGGACGAUAGGCAGAUAGAUGAUGAGGAUGAGGAAUGGGAAUCCAUUCAAUCACUCAAAAAAAUAAGACCCAGCAAGGAACUUUCUGGAAAGGCAAGCCAGACCGAGAUAACUCUCAAAGAUGACCUUCCAGAAAGGGAUAGGGCGGACCUUUACAAGACGUACUUGCUAUUUUGUCUUACCGGAGAAGUCACGAGGAUCCCAUUUGGUGCACAGAUCACCACAAAGAGAGAUGACUCCGAGUAUCUUUUGUUAAACCAGCUCGGUGCAAUUUUAGGUUUGACUAACAAAGAGAUUGUGGAGGUGCAUAGGAGUUUGGCCGAGCAGGCUUUCAAGCAACAAGCCGAGGUUAUUUUAGCUGAUGGACAGUUAACAAAAGUCAGAGUCGAGCAGCUAAGCGAGUUGCAGAAGCAAGUUGGGUUACCUCCUCAGUAUGCCCAAAAAAUAAUAAAGAGCAUAACGACCACAAAAAUGGCGGCUGCCCUUGAAACUGCGGUCGCUCAGGGGAGGCUCAGUAUAAAGGAGAUAAGAGAACUUAAGGAAGCCGGUGUUGAUUUAGACAACAUGGUAUCUGAGAGCUUACGAGAGAACCUUUUUAAGAAAACCGUGGAUGAAAUUUUUUCAUCUGGCUCUGGAGAGUUUGAUGAAGAGGAAGUGUAUCAAAAAAUGCCACAAGAUCUCAACAUUAAUGCUGAAAAGACGAAAAGGGUUGUUCAUGAACUUGCACGAAGUAGGUUAUCGAAUUCAUUGAUUCAAGCUGUAGCGCUGCUAAGGCAGAGAAACCGUCCUGGAGUGGUUUCGUCUCUCAAUGACUUGCUAGCCUGUGACAAGGCGGUGCCUUCACAGCCGCUAUCAUGGGAAGUGCCGGAGGAGCUUGCUGAUCUCUUUGUUAUAUACAUGAAGAGCGAUCCUGCACCUGAAAAAUUGUCCCGAUUGACGUCAUGAAUUCUCAAAUCAAUGCUGAACAUAGGCGAUUCGAUGGCAGAAGCUCUGCGUGGUUCGGGAGAUAGACUGACUGAUGGAGCGGAGGAGGAAGAGUUUGUAUUUUAAGUGUGUAAUCAGAUGUGUGUUAGGCAAGGCGAAAGAGUUGUGUGACUCCAUUUGGCGGAGUUAUAUGUAUUUGCUAUGUGUGUUUUUGAAAUUGAAUUUUGUCAUUAGAUUAGAAACAAAAGGAAUGAGGCGAUAAUAUUAAGCUCCAACGUGAUUUUAUUAGUUAUUGGAAA